UAUGCGGCUGUGUGCGGCGGCUGGAGACGGAACCGCGGGGCCGACGGCAGCCCAGUAACCGCAGCACCGUCGACGAGGACGCCGCAGCUUCGCUCCGGGGACGCGGACCUUUACCUGGAGCUUGUCCCCGAGGCGGCGCAGCUCCCGGCGCCGGCAGCCAUCUUUGCUGGGAGAAUGUUGGGGGCGCCGCGGCGGGCCUGCUCCGGUCCGGGCUGGGGUCCCGGUCCCGGUGCCGGUGCCGGGCCGGGGCCGGCCCCCCGGGGCUGGCUGCUGCUCGCCACCGCGCUGCUGCUGCCCGGGCUGGCGCUGCUCGCCGGGGGGAAGGAGUGCGACAAGCCGUGCCUGAACGGCCAGUGCAGCGCGGGCAGCUGCGUGUGUCUGCCCGGCUGGGUGGGGGAGCAGUGCCAGCACUGCGGAGGGAGGUUCAGGCUGACGGGUUCAUCAGGUUUCUUGACCGACGGUCCAGGAAACUACAAGUAUAAGACCAAGUGCACGUGGCUUAUCGAGGGACAGCCCAACACCAUCCUGCGAUUACGGUUCAACCACUUUGCCACCGAAUGCAGCUGGGACCACCUGUACGUGUACGACGGAGACUCCAUAUACGCUCCCCUCCUCGCUGCUUUCAGCGGUCUGAUCGUUCCUGAGCGAUAUGGGAAUGAGACCGUUCCUGAGGUGGUUUCUCAGUCGGGCUACGCUCUCUUACACUUCUUCAGUGAUGCAGCCUACAACCUGACUGGCUUCAACAUUUCCUACAGGGUGAACACGUGUCCGAACAACUGCUCUGGCCGAGGCGAGUGUCGUGUGGGAAACGGCACCGGCUCGGUCUCCUGCGAGUGUGAGCCCAACUGGAAGGGGGAGGCCUGUGACGUCCCGUACUGCCAGGCCAACUGCGGCUUCCCUGAACGAGGCCGCUGCCACGACAAGAGCUGCGUCUGUAACGCUGGAUGGCAAGGACCUGACUGCUUCGUCUCUGUCCCUGCUAACUCCUCCUUCUGGACCCGGGAGGACUACCCCGAACCCGGGCUGGCCAGGGCUUCCCACAAGGCUGUGGUGGAGCAGGGCAUCAUGUGGGUCAUCGGCGGCUACGUCUUCAACUCCUCCGACUACCACAUGGUGAAAGCGUAUAACCUGAGCAGCAUGACCUGGCUGAGCCUUGACCCCUCCGUCAACACUGUCACACCACGAUACGGCCAUUCAGUAGCUUUGCAUGAGGGGAAGAUCUACAUGUAUGGAGGAAAGAUCGACUCCACGGGAAACGUGUCCAGCCAGCUCUGGGUUUUCCACAUCCAGAACCAGACCUGGGUCCUCCUCAGUCCCCGGGGCAAAGACCAGUACGCCGUGGUGGGACACUCGGCCCACAUCGUGCCUCCCACCCAGGACGGGGACAGUCCUGUCAUGCUUGUCCUGUUUGGACACUGUCCUCUCUACGGAUACGUCAGCAACGUGCAGGAGUUCAACAUCGUUAAGGGCACGUGGAGCAUCCUGAGCACCGACGGGGCGCUGGUCCAGGGCGGCUACGGCCACAGCAGCGUCUUCGACCCCAGCAGCAGAGCCAUCUACAUCCACGGAGGAUACAAGGCCUUCAGCGCCAACAAGUACGGCCUGGCCGGAGACCUGUACAAGUUUGAUGUGGACAAGAGGAAAUGGACCAUUCUGAGGGACAGCGGCUUCUUCCGGUACCUGCACACGGCCGUGAUGGUGAGCGGGACCCUCCUGGUGUUCGGGGGCAACACGCACAACGACACGUCCAUGAGCCACGGAGCCAAGUGCUUCUCCUCCGACUUCCUGGCCUACAGUCUGGCCUGCGACGAGUGGACGGUGUUGCCUCGGCCCGACCUCCACCACGACCUCAACCGCUUCGGACACUCGGCCGUCUUCAGUGACAGUGUGAUGUACGUGUUCGGAGGCUUCAACAGCCUGCUGCUGAGCGAUGUCUUGAUGUACACGUCGCCCAGCUGCGCGGCCUUCUCCAGCCCGGCGUCCUGCAGCCAUGCCUGGCCCGGCAUCCACUGCGUCUGGAACGGCAGCCAGGACGCCUGCCUGCCCUGGGAAAGCAGCGCUAACGGCACCGAGCAGCCACUUCCAGCCUCCUGCAACAGCAGAUCCUAUGCUGAUAACGAUAACCGGUGCAGCCAGUACACAGACUGCUACAGCUGCACGGCCAACACCAACAGCUGCCAGUGGUGUUCGGGCCAGUGCGUCUCGUUGGGAAGCAACUGCACCGCUGCCACGGGUGCCAUAGCGGAGUUCGACGUUUGCCCAAAGGACAACCCGUCAUUCGUGUGCAACAAGAAAACCAGCUGUAAGAGCUGCGCUGUCGACCAAAACUGCCAGUGGGAUAUUCGCAACCAAGAGUGCAUCUCACUGCCAGAGAACGUCUGUGGGGAAAGCUGGCACCUGGUGGGAAACUCGUGUCUGAAGUUCAACACGGCAAACGACACGUACGAUAAUGCCAAGCUCGCCUGCAGGAACCACAACGCCGUCCUGGCGUCGCUCACCACGCAGAAGAAGGUGGACUUCGUCCUGAAGGAGCUGCAGAUCAUGAAUGUGGUGUACAAGGCCACCAUGACGCCGUGGGUGGGGCUGAGGAAGAUCAACGUGUCGUACUGGUGCUGGGAGGACAUGUCGCCCUUCACCAACACCACGCUGCAGUGGCUGCCCGGCGAGCCCAGCGACGCCGGCUUCUGCGGCCACCUGGCCGAGCCGGCGUCCAGCGGGCUGAAGGCGCAGACCUGCAUCACCCCGGUGAACGGCAGCCUGUGUGAGCGGCCAGCCAACCACAGCGCUAAGCAGUGCCGGACCCAGUGCGCCAUGCGGACCACCUGCAGCGAGUGCACGAGCACCAGCUCCGAGUGCAUGUGGUGCAGCAACAUGAAGCAGUGCGUGGACUCCAACGCCUACGUGGCGUCCUUCCCCUUCGGCCAGUGCAUGGAGUGGUACACCAUGAGCACCUGUCCACCGGAGAACUGCUCCGGGUACAGAACCUGCGGCCAGUGUUUGGACCAGCCCGGCUGCGGCUGGUGCACCGACCCCAGCAACACGGGCAAAGGCCAGUGCAUCGAGGGCUCGUACCGCGGGCCGUUCCAGACCUCAGUCCCGGCCCCGUCCACCCUGCCCGGCCUGCCCGCCAGCCCCCAGCCCGCCCUCAACGUCAGCAUGUGCCCCAGCGACGCCAAGUACAACUGGUCCUUCAUCCACUGUCCAGCCUGUCAGUGCAACGGUCACAGCCAGUGCGUCAACGAGAGCGUGUGUGAGAAGUGCGAGGACCUGACGACCGGCCAGCACUGUGAGAGCUGCGUGUCCGGCUUCUACGGGGACCCCACCAACGGGGGCAGCUGCCAGCCCUGCAAGUGCAACGGCCACGCCAGCAUGUGCAACCCCAACAACGGGAAGUGCUUCUGCACCACCAAAGGCAUCAAGGGGGAUCGAUGUCAUCUGUGUGAAGUAGAGGGCCGUUACCAAGGCAACCCGCUCAAAGGAACCUGCUACUACACGCUCAUCAUCGACUACCAGUUCACCUUCAGCAUGUCGCAGGAGGACGACCGCUACUACACCGCCAUCAACUUCGUGGCCACACCCGAGGAGCCGAACCGGGAUCUCGACAUGUUCAUAAACGCCUCCAAGAACUUCAAUCUGAACAUCACUUGGGCGACGAGUUUCACCGCAGGCACCCAGAGCGGAGAGGAGAUCCCCAUCGUCUCUCGGAGCAACAUUAAGGAGUUCAAAGACAGCUUUUCCAACGAGAACUUUGAUUUCCGCAACAGCCCCAACAUAACCUUCUUCGUCUAUGUCAGCAACUUCACGUGGCCCAUCAAGGUUCAGAUCGCCUUCUCGCAGCACAGCAACUUCAUGGAUCUGGUGCAGUUCUUUGUCACGUUCUUCAGCUGCUUCCUGUCCCUGCUGCUGGUGGCCGCCGUGGUUUGGAAGAUCAAGCAGAGCUGCUGGGCGUCACGGCGACGAGAGCAACUUCUGAGGGAGAUGCAGCAGAUGGCCAGCAGGCCCUUCGCUACCAUCAACGUGGCCUUGGAGACAGACGAGGAGCCGCCUGACCUGAUAGGAGGAAACGUCAAGUCUGUCCCAAAACCCAUUGCCCUUGAGCCUUGCUUUGGCAACAAAGCCGCUGUGCUCUCCAUCUUUGUUCGGUUACCCAGGGGAUCCGGAGGCAUCCCUCCUCCAGGACAGUCUGGUCUGGCGGUGGCCAGCGCGCUGGUGGACGUCUCCCAGACCAUGUGCGUCGGCUACAAGGAGAAAUCCGGAGGCCUGAGGAACCGCAAACAGCAGCCCACCGCACAACCCUCCACCUGUAUCUGAGCACACCCACAGUCCUCUUCUACCACCCCGACACUCAGCGCUCUCUACGCCCCCCCCACCGCCUCGGCCCCCUCCUGAAAGACUGGAGCCAGCAGUAUUCUGGCAGGGAGAGGUGCAUGCUGGAACGUAGGAAUGGAACAUUUUGGUGCGGGGCCGAGUUUGUCAGGCGGACUGAAGCCUCAGCAGCCUCCCCAUCCUCCCCGGGGGCUUUGGCUCCCACUGAAAUGAUCUGGACAACGGGGUGGGGGGGUAAGUGAGGGGCCAGGGGGCUCGGACUCCUACUAUCCACCCUGAAAACGCAUUUUACAUUUGUCGACACCGCCUCAGAGGAGUGGAGGCGGCCACGGCUUGCUGCUAGAAGAGAUUCUCGUAGUCUCAUAGUUUUUGAAACAUCCAGCGACUUUGCAUCCCUGUAUGUUGAAGAUGUAUUUAAGUUAUUCUUGUUUUUAUUUUGUUUUUGUAUUGAUUUGAAGGAAGGAACAAAAGCUGGAUUGUGCUCAGCCGCACAAACACACACACUUCCAACAGGCACCUUUCCAGGCCCACGGGCGUCUCCUCGUGCAGCCGUCGUCACGUUCCCGCCCCGGGCGGCCCUGCAGCGAGCUAACGGCACUCUCAGGCUUCCACCACCACCCAAGGCUGGGCGGAGCUCGCUCCUGGGCCCAAACCCUGACUUCUCUGUUCGCUGUGUCCU